CCCACAACUCUGCAUGCGUCUCCUGCGCCCAUCGCAUUUGUGAUCGCAACCACCUCGGGUCAUUUACGAUCUGGUAUUUGAAGGAAGGCAAGGUGUUCUGGCUUAUAUUCGCUCUCUAGUUCCCCCUUGUUUUUCUCCUGUUCUGUUCGGCUGUUGUAUUGCGCACGAGUUUGACUAGACCCUCAAGUCCUCCAUUACCGCUGACUCCUUCACGUGCGAAUCCAAGACCAUAACCACAAUGGUUUUCAACACCGAACUUACGCGCCGACUCGGCAUCAAGGUUCCCGUCGUACAAGGUGGAAUGCAAUGGGUGGGAUAUGCCGAAUUAGCAUCUGCUGUAUCCAACGCAGGCGGUCUUGGUAUCCUCACAGCUCUUACCCAACCUACCCCUGAGGACCUGCGCAAGGAGAUCCGGAAAUGCAGGACCAUGACCAAGAACCCCUUCGCCGUCAACAUCACUCUUCUGCCCACGAUGAACGCUCCGCCCUACGGCGAGUACGCCCAAGUCUGCAUCGAUGAGGGAAUCAAGGUGGUGGAGACAGCAGGCAACUCGCCUGGCCCGGUCAUUAAGCUGCUGAAAGGCGCCGGCAUCAUUAUCCUCCACAAAUGUACUACCAUCAGACACGCUCAGUCGGCUGUGAAGCUGGGUGUGGACUUCCUAUCGAUUGACGGCUUCGAGUGUGCUGGCCAUGUGGGUGAAUCAGAUAUUACCAAUUUCAUCCUGCUGUCAAGAGCAAGACAAUCACUCGGAGCACCGUUUAUUGCCUCUGGCGGCUUUGCGGAUGGCCAGGGAUUGGCUGCCGCCCUGGCCCUGGGUGCCGAAGGCAUCAACAUGGGCACCCGAUUCAUGUGCACUGUCGAAGCGCCAAUCCAUGUGAACAUCAAGCAGGCCAUUGUGGAUGCCUCGGAACAUGACACCGAGCUUGUGUUGAGAAGAUGGAAGAACACUUCCAGACUAUUCAAGAACAAAGUUGCCCAGGAGGCUGUCGCGAUCGAGAAGAGCAGCACAACGGGGAAAUUUGAAGAGGUGGCCCCAUUCGUGUCUGGGAAGCGUGGGCGAGAGGUCUUCAUCAACGGAGACAAGGACUUCGGCGUCUGGACUGCUGGCCAAGUCAUUGGAUUGAUUCACGACAUUCCCACGUGCCAGGUGCUUCUAUCGAGAAUCGAGAGCGAGGCCGUGGAGGCCAUUGAAAGGAGUCGGAAGUUCUACCAACCACAGAGCAGACUAUGAGGGGCGCUCGCAUCAUCAUGUUGGGCAUGGGCGUUUCUGGUAGGCAGAUUCGAAGACGAAGACUUAGUUAGAUGUUGGGACUGUCCGAACCCAACUCCUGUGAAAGACUCAAUGUCGCACCAAAUCGACUGAUUCUAAAAGUAUGAAAUUGGGGAUGUUGACCGAUCAUCUCAGACGCUGACCGAAUCGUCCUAGAGAACGGGAAGCAAUCAGAGAUAAUAUUAUUGACCUGCCAAGUGCGUAAAAACACCAACUCUGAUUCUUG